AUGUCGAAACCAGAUCCGCUCGGCGUCCAAAGAGGCGACUACGCCACGAAUGUCGCGUCCAACAUCAUCUUCACUAUCGGCAGAGCGUUUACUGGGCCGGCGCAAUACCUUCUCAUUGCCUCCCAUCCGCUAUCGCGCUUCGGCGUUCCCCUUCCACCUUCUGGCAGACCACCGAUCGCUCUUUUUGGACGCACAUUCCCACGACUUCCGCUCAUGACGGCACUUAUGCCUGGAGUGCUCUCCAUAAAGUAUGUCCUUUGGGCCAAUCUCAUGAUGCGGGAACGGAUGACGCUGAAAUUUGCAACCUUCGCCAUCGUGUCUGACUUUGUCUACGAAUGUGUCAGCUCGACAAUCUUCACUGCCGCGUCUGUGAACCCUGCGUGGUCGGAGGGGUACUUCUAUGCCGGCUUCACCAUUUUCAUCGCUAGUGCUGCUGUGGAACUCCUGGCCGAGCUCCAGCGGAUAGCCUUCAAGUCGAAGAGGGAGAACCAAGGUAGGCCCUGCACGACGGGCUUCUGGGCAGUCACCAGACACAUCAACUACACUGCCAAUGUCUUGUUUGGAUUUGGUUAUGGCCUUGCCACUGGAGGUCCGGUCUACUCAUUAGCAACUGCUGGGAUGUAUAUCACCAACUUCACGCUCAAUGCCAUGCCGAGUCUCGAAAAGUACUGUCGGGAUAAGUACGGCGCACCGUGGGUAAAGUAUGAGCAGGAUGUACCGUGGCAGUUGUUCCCCGGUAUAUAUUGA